AUGGCAAACGAAGAGCGCCAGCAGCCUCUACGCCUCGGCUCCAUCGCCCCCAACUUCAAGGCCGAGACCACAAAGGGCCCCAUCGACUUCCACGAGUUCAUUGGCGACAACUGGGUCGUUCUCUUCUCCCACCCCGAGGACUACACGCCCGUCUGCACCACGGAGCUCGGCGCCUUCGCAAAGCUUGAGCCCGAGUUCACCAAGCGCGGUGUCAAGCUCAUUGGUCUUUCGGCCAACACAAUCGACAGCCACGAUGGCUGGAUCAAGGACAUCGACGAGAUCAGCGGAAGCAGCCUGAACUUCCCCAUCAUCGGCGACAAGGAGCGCAAGGUUGCCUACGCCUACGAUAUGCUUGACUACCAGGACACGACCAAUGUCGAUUCCAAGGGCAUUGCUUUCACCAUCCGGUCUGUCUUCAUCAUCGACCCCAAGAAGACGAUCCGCCUGAUCCUCUCCUACCCCGCCUCCACCGGCCGCAACACGGCCGAGGUGCUCCGCGUUGUCGACUCGCUCCAGACUGGCGACAAGCACCGUGUAACAACCCCCAUCAACUGGGUCCCCGGCGACGAUGUCAUCGUCCACCCCAGCGUCAACAACGAGCAGGCCAAGGAGCUGUUCCCGGACUUCAAGAUCGUGAAGCCCUACCUCAGGUUUACCCCGCUCCCCAAGGAGAAGACUUCUGCCGCAUAA